AAACCCAAAACCCCAACAGAAAGAUAAACCAAAAUCACCCCUUCACGUUCUUCUACAUUCAUUCCAUCCACACACACUUUUCUUCUUCCUUUCUCUCACAAACGUGCCACCAACUUCACCAUUUCUCUAUAAAACCGAAAAAACCAGUGACUCUACCACAACCAAAAAUGGACGAGAACGGUGAAGGAAGCGAAGAGUACUUAUUCAAGAUCGUCCUAAUCGGCGACUCCGCCGUCGGAAAAUCCAACCUCCUCUCCCGAUUCGCGCGGAACGAGUUCGAUUCGAAUUCCAAAGCGACGAUCGGCGUUGAGUUUCAAACGCAGACGGUGGAAAUCGACGGGAAAGAAGUGAAGGCGCAGAUCUGGGAUACGGCUGGUCAAGAACGGUUCAGAGCUGUUACUUCGGCUUAUUACAGAGGUGCUUUUGGUGCGCUGGUGGUUUAUGAUAUUAGUAGGAGAGGGACGUUUGAUAGCAUCAAGAGGUGGCUCGAUGAACUUACAACUCAAAAUGAUAGCACGGUAGCAAGAAUGUUGGUUGGAAAUAAGUGUGAUUUGGAAAGUAUCAGAGAAGUGAGCACAGAGGAAGGCAAAGCUUUUGCAGAAGAAGAAGGUUUGUUCUUUAUGGAGACAUCAGCACUCGAUGCUACCAAUGUCCAAAAGGCUUUUGAGAUUGUCAUCCGUGAAAUUUACAACAACAUCAGCCGCAAAGUCUUAAACUCUGAUUCCUAUAAGGCCGAAUUGUCUGUGAAUCGAGUAAGUCUGGUUGAUGGGGCAGGAUCAAAGAAAAAUCUGCUCAAUUUUUCAUGUUGUUCUUGAUCAGCUUUUAGCUUUGACUUGAAAUUGAAUAUCGAUACUUGGAUCUUUUAAGAGUAGUUUUGUUCUAUACAUUUUUGUUCUUCUUUUGGGCCAUUUUCCCUAGCUACUAUUUCUUGGCAAUUUUGUGUUUUAAAUAUCCAAAUACUUAGUUAAUUCUCUUUUGCUGGUU